GGCGGCGCGCGCUAGCUGUCUGGUCCAGGGAGCGGCAGCAGCUGCGCGCCCUCGCGCCUCCCGUCGGGGUGCCCUCCCGACAUGCCCGAGGAGGCGGGCUUCCCGCCGGCCAAGAGAUUCCGGCCGGCCUCUGGGCCUCCGAGCCGCGCCGGGCCCUGUCCUCCCGGGAGGCGAGUGGUAAUGCUGUUGACUGCGGGCGGCGGCGGCGGCGGAGGAGGAGGAGGCCGGAGGCAGCAGCCGCCCCUGGCCCAGCCCUCGGCCAGCCCCUACCCCGAGGCCGUGGAGCUGCAGCGCCGGAGUCUGCCCAUCUUCCAGGCGCGGGGGCAACUUUUGGCCCAGCUCCGGAACCUGGACAGCGCCGUCCUCAUCGGGGAAACUGGCUCUGGGAAGACGACUCAGAUCCCUCAAUACCUGUAUGAAGGGGGCAUCAGCCGCCAGGGCAUCAUUGCCGUGACCCAGCCUCGCCGAGUGGCUGCCAUCUCUCUUGCUACUCGGGUCUCAGAUGAGAAGAGAACUGAACUCGGGAAGCUGGUUGGCUAUACAGUGCGCUUUGAUGAUGUCACCUCAGAAGACACCAGGAUCAAGUUCCUGACAGAUGGCAUGCUUCUGCGUGAAGCAAUUUCAGACGCCCUGCUUCGGAAGUACAGUUGUGUCAUUUUGGAUGAAGCCCACGAACGGACUAUCCACACAGACGUGCUCUUUGGAGUGGUGAAAGCUGCACAGAGGAGGCGAAAGGAACUGGGGAAGCUACCUCUCAAGGUGAUUGUCAUGUCAGCUACGAUGGACGUGGACCUGUUCUCUCAGUAUUUCAAUGGAGCCCCCGUCCUCUACCUGGAGGGUCGGCAGCAUCCAAUCCAGAUUUUUUACACCAAACAGCCUCAGCAUGAUUACCUGCACGCCGCACUAGUCUCAGUCUUCCAGAUCCACCAGGAAGCCCCUUCUUCUCAGGACAUCCUGGUGUUCCUGACUGGUCAGGAGGAGAUCGAAGCAAUGAGCAAGACCUGCCGAGACAUCGCGAAGCACCUCCCAGACGGCUGCCCUUCCAUGCUUGUCCUUCCUCUGUACGCCUCCCUACCCUACGCCCAGCAGCUCCGCGUCUUCCAGGGGGCCCCAAAGGGCUAUCGCAAAGUGAUCAUUUCAACCAACAUCGCUGAAACCUCCAUAACCAUUACAGGAAUAAAAUAUGUAGUUGACACGGGCAUGGUUAAAGCAAAGAAGUAUAACCCUGACAGCGGCCUGGAGGUGCUAGCUGUGCAGCGGGUGUCCAAGACCCAGGCCUGGCAGCGCACAGGACGGGCUGGCAGAGAGGACAGUGGCAUCUGUUACCGGCUCUACACGGAGGAGGAGUUUGAGAAGUUUGAGAAGAUGACUGUGCCAGAGAUCCAGAGGUGUAACCUGGCGAGUGUGGUGCUGCAGCUCCUCGCCAUGAGAGUCCCCAACGUGCUCACCUUUGACUUCAUGUCCAAACCCUCCCCGGAUCACAUUCAGGCAGCCGUGGCCCAACUGGACCUGUUAGGAGCUCUUGAACAUAAGGACGACCAGAUGAUCCUGACUCCAAUUGGAAGGAAGAUGGCAGCAUUUCCUCUAGAACCCAAAUUUGCCAAAACCAUCCUCCUGUCCCCCAAAUUCCACUGUACAGAGGAGAUACUGACCAUUGUCUCCCUGCUGUCUGUGGACAGUGUUCUCCACAACCCGCCCUCCCGGCGGGAGGAAGUGCAGGGUGUGCGGAAGAAGUUCAUCUCCAGCGAGGGCGACCACAUUACCCUGCUCAACAUCUACCGGACCUUCAAAAACAUAGGCGGAAAUAAGGAUUGGUGCAAAGAGAAUUUUGUCAACAGCAAGAAUAUGAUGCUGGUGGCUGAAGUCAGAGCACAGCUCAGGGAUAUCUGCUUAAAGAUGUCGAUGCCAAUCACAUCAUCCCGCGGAGACACGGAGAGCGUCCGCCGCUGCCUGGCUCACAGCCUCUUCAUGAGCACCGCCGAGCUUCAGCCGGACGGGUCCUAUGCCACCACGGACACCCACCAGCCGGUGGCCAUCCACCCCUCGUCUGUCCUCUUCCACUGCAAGCCAGCCUGCGUUGUGUACACCGAGCUGCUCUACACCAACAAGUGCUACAUGCGGGACCUCUGCGUCGUGGACGCCGAGUGGCUGUAUGAGGCUGCCCCCGAGUACUUCAGGAGGAAGCUGAGAACCGCCAGAAACUGAGCCGGAUCUGCUGGUGCCUGGAGCUGAGACCAUAGCUGUCCACAUAGCUGACUUCCAGGUUGGCGCCUAGAGAGGUGGCAGGUUUUGAUGUAGCGGAAUGUGCCUGAUUUCCAGGAGCUCGAGAGCGUCUUUGUUUAAACCCUGAAGACUGAACUGUGUAAAUGUGUACAUACCAUUUUUACCUUGGAAACUUCAAAAUUAUGCUUUCGGUUAUUGCUGGGUGACUUUAGGUGACUUAGUUAACUUCUGAGCCUCGGUUUCCUCAUCUGCCAAAUGAGGGUAAUAAUAAUACUUACAGGGGUGGACUUAUGAGGUUUACAGAAAAUGAAUGCAAAGUACCCAGAGCUGUGCCCGGCCUGCGAUAAACAUACGAUGAAUUGUGAGCCCUUAUGCCCGAUGUUAUCGCUUUCUCCAUGGUGUUAGUUGAGUACAACAAAACCGCCUGAGUUCCUGUGACUGAGAGGGAUUUUCUGGAAGGGGACCAUAGGAAAUCGCAGAGUUGGAUGUUGUCCUUGGAUCUAUUUUAAUAUCUAUCUGUAUGAAGUUUUUAAACAGAAAGCAUAAGAGAUUGACUUCUGUAGAAGUUUCAGGAGGGAGAUGCUGUUGUGUCUCACCUAAUGGGCUGGCUGCCCCUGUGAACACUCCCCAGGGUGUGGCCCUCUCAGAGACCAGUAAAGGAGUGCUCACAGGACGCUGGGCUGUGUCUCUUCAUCCUCGGUGCCUCUCUGGUUCAUAUCCCCAUCUGUGCUUUCAGGAGAUGUGGAAGUUUCCUGGGUGUGGGGUGAUCUGUAUCUUCUGAAUCGUGUCAAGUGUAGACAUGGGAAACUGGCCUUGUGGUGUGAUGCCUCCAGCAUACCCAGUUGCCAUUUUUCUCUCUAACUGGGCACAUAGAAACAUGUGAGCACAGGGAAUGACGCCGUGCUACAUUUCAGCUGUCUCUCUUCUGGCAGGGCCCCUGGGCAGAGGGCCAUUGGGAGUGGGGUGGAGGACAGCGGCCAGUGGUCACUGCGAACCCAGACAGCAGUGGCUCGCCCCACCUGCCACGUCUGGCGUAUAUAUUCUUUAUUUUCUGGUGUGUAUCUUAUUUAUUUUCUGUGAUCUUUUUGUCCUUCUUCUUAGGGACAACCUAGCCUUGCUGCUUCCUAGCCAUCCACCCCUCUCCAGGCUCAGUUUCCACAUUUGUCAGAGGGAAUUAGAGGGUCUCCACAGUCUCCUCCUUUUCUCAUAUUCUGAGAAGGGAAAUGACACCAAAAGUUCUUCUUAGCUAUUUGAUUAUCAGAAGCAAAUAAUAUUUCCCCAGAGAAUGUUUUGCCCUAGAAGCAGCCAAGGUUUAGCCCUUUACUUGUGCUACAUUGGUCUAAACACACGUGCAAUAUUUUCGUCAUCACUUACAGAGUGAAUGUUGCAGUUGACAAGCAGGGGACCAGACUGCCCCAGAGGCUCUUCAGAUUGAAGACAGUGGGUUGUCUCUUCCCUCUGGGUCCAGCGAGCUCUUCUCCGAGCCCGCAGCCUGCUGGCCUGCCCCGUCCUAGGUCCGCUCUGUCCAGGCCUGUGUACGUCCGGCUGGCCCAGGCUUUCCAACGGGAGCCGUGGCCUUGAGCAGGCAAGCUUUUAGCCAGUGUUCAAGGCUGUCUGGGUACUUGUGAUUUAUUUCUGUUAGAAAUAGUUACACUUAGGCCGAACAGGAUUCGACAGAUCCUAUAUACCCUCUCUUACUGAAUUCUUAGACUUUUAGCUGGCUCUUCCUCAGAUCGACUUAUUCUUACUGUUGCUGACUUUCUGAAAAGUUUUUCAGAAAUUUUUUAAAGUGUAUUUUUCUCAUUUAUUUAAUAGAGACCUAGGAUCUUUAGCCUGACUUAGUAAAAGGAACUAUUGUAUUUUUAAUAAAGCAUUCAUCAUGCUGGUACAAAAUUGGGAGUGGGGUGCUUUAUUAUGUUCCUCAGCAAAUUCUCUAUCAAGAGGUGUUCUCUGGUGCAAGUAGAAUGUAACUUCGGAUAAUUUAUGUCCAUCCUGAACAGUCUCUGGAAAUGUAUAUUCUUUCCUGCCUGAGUAAGGGGUAAAUAGCUUCUAAGUAAAUGUAAAUAGCUUCUAAGUAGUUUUAAUGUUUCUGUACAGAAAUAAGUUUAACACUGUAACAUUCUGGUAGAGUUUUAAUACAGUAGUUUUUUAUUGGGCUUUUUAAAAAGUUAAUUUUUAACAUACCUGCUCAGGGAUUAAUUCAGAUUGGAAAAUCCAUUCUGACUCCACUUGUUACUACAAAGAAAUAAAGUUAUUUCUGUUGAGCUGCAGGGAACAGAACACUUUAAACUUUCUUAAGGAAGUUAAGUGUUUCACAGUGAUGUUGCGAUACAAUCUUGAGCUACUCUUUUUCAAUUGGUAAAAUCUCUGAUGGUGUGACACCUCUUUUUCAACCUGUGAAAUCCACCGCUGGGCAAAUCACCAGCUCCCAUGCGCAGCUUCGUGUCAGGAGAUGCGCUCCAAGCAGAUCACACACCUCAGGUGUUUGCUCUCUGCUUCUGGUAGUCAUGGAGCCUGAAACAUCCAGAGCAGCACAGAUUUCAUUACAAGGGGCAGGACUGCCAGCACUGGUCCUUGGUCAAGACCCCGAUGUAAUGUCGCAUCUCUGCUGGUUGUAAGGAGAUGCCAGAAUGGAGACACGUUUUUGCUCUGUGGGUAACAAUGAUAAUGUACUGUGAUGCAUAAAUCCAUUUAAUCCAGCUGUCAGGAAGUACUUGGGACUGUGGCCAGGCAUCUUAAGAUACCAUUACUUGAGCAUAUAAGGAAACACUGCACCUGUGGGGAAGUGAUGGUUUUAUUGUAUUUUAUUUGAUUAGAAUAUUAUAACUUGCAGAAGAAAUCAAGUUGGUUCAGCUUUAUGUUGUAUUUUUAGAGUCUGGUCUUGUUCAAAACAGACAUAGCUCUACAGAAACAUCAGUUCUUGUAUAUAAUGCUCAAAUUUGCACAUGAGUACCAAGUCCAUUAAAAAUGAAUCUUGUA